GGAGUAAAAUGGCUGCAGCACGAGUGCUGAGCACCUGGAACAGGAAUGCCAGGCGGCUGAUUUGUAUUCGCUAUUUUCAAACAUGUAGUAGUGUUCAUGUUUUGAAGUCAAAAUAUGUGUAUUUCUUUGGUUAUCCUUCAUUCAAAUAUAGUCAUCCGCAUCGGUUGCUGAAAACAACUGCUGCUCUACAUGGACAGAUUGUUCAAUUCAAACUCUCAGACAUCGGAGAAGGGAUUAGAGAAGUAACUGUUAAAGAAUGGUAUGUCAAAGAAGGAGAUACAGUGUCUCAAUUUGAUAGCAUCUGUGAAGUUCAAAGUGAUAAAGCUUCUGUUACCAUCACUAGUCGUUAUGAUGGUGUCAUUAAGAAACUCUAUUAUAAUAUAGACGAAAUUGCCUUUGUGGGGAAGCCAUUAGUUGACAUAGAAACGGAAGCUUUGAAAGAUUCAGAAGAAGAUGUUGUCGAAACUCCUGCUGUGUCCCAUGAUGAACACACACACCAAGAAAUAAAAGGCCAAAAAACACUGGCAACUCCUGCAGUUCGCCGCCUUGCAAUGGAAAACAAUAUUAAGUUGAGUGAAGUUGUUGGCUCAGGAAAAGAUGGCAGAAUACUUAAAGAAGAUAUUCUCAACUAUCUGGAAAAGCAGACAGGAGCUAUAUUACCUCCUUCACCCAAAGCUGAAAUUAUGCCGCCACCACCAAAACCGAAAGACAGGACUGUUCCUAUGCCAGUGUCAAAACCUGCAGUAUUCACAGGCAAAGACAGAACAGAACCCUUGAAAGGCUUUCACAAAGCAAUGGUGAAGUCCAUGACUGCAGCCCUGAAGAUUCCUCACUUUGGGUAUUGUGAUGAGGUUGACCUGACUGAACUGGUUAAGUUACGAGAAGAAUUAAAACCUGUUGCUUUAGCUCGUGGAAUUAAACUCUCCUUUAUGCCCUUCUUUUUAAAGGCUGCUUCCUUGGGAUUACUACAGUUUCCUAUCCUUAAUGCUUCUGUGGAUGAAGCUUGCCAGAACAUAACAUAUAAGGCUUCUCAUAAUAUUGGAAUAGCAAUGGAUACUGAGCAGGGGUUGAUCGUCCCAAAUGUGAAAAACAUACAGAUCCGCUCCAUAUUUGAGAUCGCCACUGAAUUGAACCGCCUCCAAGAAUUGGGCUCUGCAGGUCAGCUUGGAACUGCUGAUAUUACUGGAGGGACAUUCACUCUUUCUAACAUUGGCUCUAUUGGUGGUACUUAUGCCAAACCUGUGAUAAUGCCCCCUGAAGUAGCAAUUGGGGCUCUUGGAUCAAUUAAGGCUCUUCCUCGAUUUAACCAGAAAGGGGACGUAUAUAAGGCCCAGAUAAUGAACGUGAGCUGGUCAGCCGAUCACAGAGUUAUUGAUGGUGCUACAAUGUCCCGCUUCUCUAAUUUGUGGAAAUCUUAUUUAGAAAACCCAGCUUUUAUGCUACUAGAUCUGAAAUGAAGAUGGAUAAGAUAUCCUGGAACUUUUUACACUUCCAAAGAACACGAGUAUGUAAAGCCUCGCUGUACCAGCACAUGUUCUUCAUUGUAAUCUGUAUUAUAAAAUGAUUUGUAUGACAUGAUUAAGGUUCUAAGGCACAAUAUUUAUCACUGUUCUGUUAGACUUUUUACUGAAAAUGAAUAAUGGUGUGAUAGUUCUCCUAGAACUGUUCUGUCACAAUUUAUAGGUCAUAGUGUGACUUAGUAUGUUGCUGAGAUCUUUGUGUCAACGAAUUGAAACUGGCAAG